AUGGGUCGUAGAAGGAAACAGGAUGGGAGCGCAUCUCCAGCUGUACUCUUGAUGGAGGAUAUGGACAUGGAUGAAAAUGUACCUCCAAAAAUUCUGGACGAGGAGAUUCCCAAAAAGAGAUCGGUCCGCCGCAACGGACCAAAGAAAGAAGUGCCAGAACUUGACGUAGAUGCAACAGAGAAGAAUGUAGUUAACGACAAGAUUGAAUAUUUUCUGGGCGACUAUCCUGCGCUACUAGAGAAAGCUUGUAAAAACGAGAAAGGCCAGAAAACGCUUAUUAAGCGGUUGUGGUCAGAUCAUGAAGAAGUUGUGCUACAAUGUAGUGUUAACGAUCUUCGUCACGCUCUUUGGGAACCGUCGUUUACUGCUUGUACUGAAGGAGUCAGAUUUUGCGCGUACGCUCUGGAGAAAAUCGGAAUUCGGCAAGCGUUUCUGCUCAUGAAAAAGAUGAUUGUUAGUGGUGCAACGAAUUCAACAUGUAACCAUCUCGGCCAAGUGAUCUACUCGGCUUGGCGCAUGGCCGUUAGGGACGAAAACGAAGAUUUGAAGAAACAGAUUGAAAUAGAGAUGAUCACUGGGACAGUUCAUGAUGCUGUACUUCUGCCAAUAAAUCUCUCUACAAAAUUUAUGCAUGUUCUGUCAGCAUUUUCCGGAGAAAAUGCAGACAAAGCGAAAAUUGACGGUAUGCUAGUCCGUUGUUUCGAGUCCGUGCUGUGGAUCGGUCUUGAAUCUUGUAACGAUCAGGUCCGUUACUCGGCCUCUACAGUUUUACUCGGUUUCUAUCCCUUGAUGGACGACGAUGAUUUUAAAAGAGAUGAAUGUCUACACAAACAGCACGCCAUGAUGAUGAGCAUGUUGAAAGAUGAAUGCGUACCAAUCCGCAUGAUGGCUGCGAAGAAGGUAUUGAAGAUACUGAGCAUGCUUUGGAACUUUGUGCCCCGUGAUUUCAUUAAACAAUACAUGACGUUUAUUGUUGAUGUCUUAUCUCGUGACACUGUGGUUGGUGUACGGUUAGCCGUUUACGAGGGAAUGCGCUAUAUCAUUACUGUCCCAGCCUGUCUAAACGCUGCAGAACAUGCUUUAAAAUGCAUCGCCAUCAAUGGAAUCAACGAUAAAAACGAAAGAGUUCGAGUUUCUGCUUUUGAAAUGUUGAAGAUGCUCAAAGGUCAUCGAUAUAUCCGGUUCUUCGACGUGGUGCCUAUGGAGGAGGUUCUUGCACGCUUACAAGUUGAAGUCUCAGAAAGUGUUCGACGCGAGAUAGUUCCUCUUAUAUUCAAGUCGUUUUUCCCUGAUCGUGAACGUGUCGACCAGAACGAAAGAAUGCGACGGAUAGCAUUUCUCAUUAAACACGGUCGAAUUUGUGCUCUGACCUUCCAUAGAUUAUUAUUUCCGCUUAAUCUAGUUACGGUUGCUGAAGCAGUGGAACACAUACAGUUUAUGACCAUUUUCGUAUAUCGCAGUUUAACAAAAGGGAUGUCAGCUGACGCUUCUAUUAAUGGAUCCAUGCUGCUAGAUGAUACGGUUGGUACGCUUAGUGGUCCUAGCCAGGAAUUUAGCAUGCCAGAUGAAAACAAUCCUGUGUGGAAGCGCAAUAAAAUAUUUUUGGAAUGUGUUGUAGUGACUUGGAUGAGCAUGCGUAAGGCGCUCAUGGAGGCAAGAUACGCAGUGGAGAGGCAAAAACUAGAAAAUUUGGAGACAAAAGUGUUCAAGAAGAUGUUCCAGUGUUUUAGAAGCACUUCACUUAUUGGCACUACCAUGGUUAUUGGGAGCAUGCUACCUCCAUCAUCUAUGGAUGGCAUCACCCAGUCUGUACUUUCCUUGCUAAAUGAAAAAGUUGUCGAUGAUUGUGUUAUGGAGCCAUAUCUGGAAGCUACAGCACAAUGGAGAAUCGAAUAUCUUUUCGAUAUUAUUAACUCGGGAUUAUCUAUACUUCAAACAGAAAUUAGUGCCUCAGAACGCUCGCCACCUUCUAAGAAGAAAAAGUGUCCCGAGCUUCCUCCAAUAGAUCGUUUGCGAAAAGCUCUACGAUAUUUGAGAUAUUUGUUACGGAGCUAUUCCACAAAUCAGUUAAUGACUUGUAGUUAUCUUUACCAGUUGGAGCAAUUUUACAAGAAGCUCAGUAUGAUUCGACAUGUCAUCGAUCUCAGGUUGGGCCACGAGGUGAUUGAUGUCGGCAUUGCAGAUGAUCUUAUUGUAGAGGCUUUCGAGAUGAAACAAACCUUGGCUGCUGUUCUUAUUAACUGCAAGGAUCGAGGUGAAGACGACAAGGAUCAUUCAACAAGGUUUAUGACCGACAUGUGUGAUGAAUUGAAAUGGUUUGAAGCCGACGUCUUGUCAAAUUUGGCAAUGUUAAAUUCAGAUGAUGUUGUUCCGUUUCUGAUUCGACUUAGUGAAGUGGUUCUACGCAGUAUUCGAGUGACAACAGCAGCGUGGGACUUCACUUCGCUACCGCCAUCUACUCCUGCUUAUUCAGAAACUGAAAUGGAAGUAGACCCUGCUGACGGUGGACUUGAUUACUCCGAUAUCUCUAGCAGGGUGGUUCUGGCAUUCUGUAGCAGCAGUACUCCUGGGGCACUAUUGCCCGCUGUGCUAGGAGCAGCUAGACAACUACUUGGUAGCGAGUGUGGAGUAUUUUCACAUCUUUUACCUGUGCUGGAUUUCGUCCCCAAGUGGGUUAUAAAUUGUACAAACAACGACGAUGCUUUAGACGAGAAAGAAGCCGGAGACGCAUACUUAUCAUUAUGGCGAGCAUUUCUGGACCACCCAGAUUACACAGAAGUUUUGUUGGAGAAAUCUAUAAAUAUUUGCGCUGUACUGCUCCUUAAUUAUCUUACACAGCUGAACGAAAAUCACCAUGAAGUUCCUGAUCCACGACUUCACGACUACGAAAUAAAAUCACCCAUCUCAGUCAUUCUUCAUAGAGUUAUCUUUAAGAACAAAUUGCUGAUUACAAAGUUCAUGGCAAGAGUUGGAGGUCUCUCGUGCAGUGAUCUGCUUUACUCAGACGAUCUGGAUGGUGACACGUGCCUGUUGCGACUGGGCAGCUGUGCCCAGUUAGCACUUCUUUGUGACCUGACAUCUCAGGGAGUUCGUCGAGUAGGAAACAGUACUUCAACGGUCUACCGUACCAGUCAAAAUGUCGCAGAUCUACUGACUAUUCUGCGAGAACGUGUAGAGUCUGUAGCAAAGAAAAAUCCUCCAGAAGACAACAUGAUUUUAUUUCAACUAAGGGAAAUGUUUGAAUGA